UAGCAACAGCUUCAAAAAUGGCUUCCAUUGUGAUUUUACAAAUGUUUGAUGGCGGGAUUAUUAUUGUAUGAUUUAAUUCCCUUUUAAUAGUAAGGUAUCAUUGAUAGAACACACAAAAUGACAAUGUACUUACCACCUAUGCAGCGAAAAAAGAAAGUUGUGGAUAAAUAUAGUCCUGACACAUUCAGAGUUAUCAGUGAAGAUGCUAUUUCUGAUCAUCCAAAAUACAAACCACUGCCUUAUGCGGCAUCUUUUGAACCUUCAACGCCAUUAAUUCAAUUAGAUAGUAACCAGAAUCAUUGGGAGGCCACAGUGAUUUUACCACUGAAGAACACCAAGGUUUUAACACAGAAUCUGCCUGAUUACAGAGCACAUAAUCCUCAGCCAACAUCUUGUGGAUUUUUGGACAAGAAUGUUAGAUUUCUUAAUGAGCCCAUAUGCCAUGUCUUUACAAAGCCUGUACAACAUGAAGAAGGUAGAUGGUGGCCAGCCCGAGCAAAUGCUGGAUCCCUUCACAUUCCUCCUUAUGCUGAAGAUACACAUUAUAGAAUAGACUACAAUUAUCGCCAUGGAGAGAAGCCUCAGUUCAAUGGCCGGCACACUGCAAAUCCUAAUAAGGAUCCUGCUUAUGGUUCAGUACCUGUCAACUUUUUAAGGCAAAAAGAUGGAUCUCAGCGAUUUUAUAAAGAGGGUCUUUCUUACGAACAUCAGUACAACAGUAGAAGUGAUCCCAAUUAUCCAAAUAGAGGCAGGCGAAUGGGAGCAUUUGUUUGGAGUAGAAUGGAUCCUGUGAGUCAGAACAAGUUUAUAGAAUAUUACAGCCGAUUGGCAGAAGAAGAGAAAAAGGCUGAAGAAGAAGGUUUAGAUGGGCCUUUAAAGUCAUGCAGUGCCCCUGUGUUGAGAAGUUUUAAUCACAAAGAUUUCAAACCCAAAGGAAGGCGUUCAUACACUUAUAAGAGACGAGAAAGCAACAUAUUGAGAUGGGAGGAUGAGAAGAAAAUCCUGCAGCCUUCUUCAGACUGCAAUAUAUCUAACCAAGUGGCUAAUGACAAUAAGGAUGAUAGUCAUGUGAGAGAGCCUUAUGCAGGGCAACAGACCGAACAAGAAGUUAACGAGAAUUCUUAUUUUGAUGUGAAUAAUGUAACGCCAGGCAAUAUGACAACAUAAUUUUUUUAAUUCUAUAAACUAUUUAUUCAUAUGAAACAAAAAAUGUAUCAUGCAGCGGUAUUUAUAGUAGGCCUACUAAAGAUAAUGUCAUUGUUCUAGCUGCUGUUCAAAUCUUUUUAAGUAGCAGAUACAUUUUUUCUCUUCAUUAUGACAAUUCUGGUCUAGACAAAAUAACUUUCAUCUUUAGCAAGUUCAUUGAAGUAAUGUAGUUACAAUCUUUUUUUUUUUUUUUUGUGAAGAUAUAAUGUUGUUCUUUAAUGCUGAUCAUUGACUUGUGCAGCGCUAUCAAGAAGCUGUCAUAGGUCUUUUCCUGUCUCUAAUUGUCUCUGUUCCAUGGCCUGGAGUAUUAUGUGACUUUCAGUAUUAAAUUGGAAAUGCAAUGCAUGGAGGCAUAAACAAAAAAAAAAGUUCUUAAUAUUUAACAACUAAUUGGCUUCUUAAACUUAGCAUUAAUUCUCAAAGUCUUUUUAGAGCACUUUAUCUUUCAAUGUAAGCAUGUCUUUCAGAUUUUGCAAUCUAUAUUCCUUUUUAUAACAAUUGUUAUAACAAUUGUUGUUGUUGCUGUUACUAAGUAAACUACUGGGAGAUAGUAUUACCUUUUAAAAAAUGAGCUUGUUUAUUUUAUAAUUGCUGUUGCUGUAAACUACUGGGAGAUAGUAUUACCUUUUAAAAAAUGAGCUUGUUUAUUUUAUAAUUGCUGUUGCUGUAAACUACUGGGAGAUAGUAUAGUAGAGUCAAUAUUGCGGAACAGUUUGCAGCUACUUUUAGUUUUCAAUUUUUUGCUCCGUAAUGGUUAGACCUAUGGAAAAACUAAAAGUAUCUUGGCAUUGCCCAUCCAUUUUCCGAUAAAAAUAGACUCAUUGUUUAGUUUUUCAACAGAUAAUUAAUAUUAAAUUUUACAUUCAAAUCGACUGAGAUAUGGUCAGUCACAAUUACGGAACAGGAUUUUUUAAGAAGUCACAAUUGCGGAACACUGUAAAAAUGUCGGAACAAAGCCUAUAUAAAACAUAUAUUUAUUAGUCUUAUAUAAUACUUGAACUCCUUAUCCUUUACAUUAAUUUUAUUUGUGUUAAAGCAUAAGUUAACACUUUGUCACCUUUUAAUUCUUUACCUAUUUAAUUUAAUUGAUGUCACACUACCCUGAUUUUCCUUACAAGAUUUUAUUUUCCACUAGUCUUUAAUUCUUUUUUGUUAUAUUAAAAUUAUAUAGGCCUAUAUAUUAUUUGAUAUUAUGAUUUGUCCUCUUUUUGCUGGACGUCUGGUAAUCAUAAAUUAUAUAUUGUAUGUAAUAUUAUUGCCUAAAUGUUUUUAAAUUUAUGUUUACUAAUACAAACUCAUAUUUAAAUUCUGAUAAUCUAAAUCACUAUGUAAAUAUUAAGCUAAAUGUGCAGGUCAAAUAAAUGACAUCUAUAGUGUUCCACAAUUGUGACUAUCUUUAAAAAGGUAAAAACUGGGUUAACACCUCCCAAUUUUUAAAAAAUCAAAUUCCUGGUAGAUGGCUACGACAUGAAGUUUUUCCACAUCCAUUUAUAAACCUAAAAAUAGGUGUAUCAUGCAGGUGAUGUGUCAUUAUCAUUUUUAAAAAGACUUAAGCCCUGACCUAUGCGGUUCUCCUGGUACGUGAAAAAUAAUGGACGAUUCCACACCUGUCAACUUUAACCUGGAGUCAAAAUUAAUUUUCUGCUGUGAAAGGAACACCAUUAUAUUAGAAAUGUAGAGAAAUGGACCAUGCGCAGUAGUUUAGCAGAAAAUUUCAAAAUAAAGUAAAUUUUAACUAAUUUCGACGAGCUGUUCCACAAACAUGCCUGCUCCGCAAUAGUGACUCUACUAUAUUACCUUUUAAAAAAUGAGUUGUUUUUUUUGUUUUUUUUUAAACUACUGGAGGAUAAUUUUAAAACCUAUUCAAAAUGAGCUUGUUUAUUUAAGAUUUAAUUAUAAAUGAAUAGUUAAAGUUUCUUGCACAGAGAAAUAGUUUUGUAUGAGCUUCCACACUAGCUACAUGUAAUUAAUGUGUAAUUAAUUACAUUUUCUUUUUAUAAAUAAAUUUUAUAGAAGCUAUUUCAGAAGUUCAUAUAUUGUAUGUAUUAAAGCUACAGUUCAUCUAUUUGUUCUCUGUAAUGUUAAUUGUUAUUAUUCGUUUUUCUACCUUAUUAUUAAUAUCACUGAAAAGUAAAUAAAUUAUAUUUAAUUUGUUUUAAAAUUAACUUGUUACACACUAUCUACACCAUACUAUUUUUUAGAGCAUAAAAAUAUUUUAUUCAAAUAUUUCUCUAAAGUACUUUAGAACUAGAAUGGCACCAUAACAACCUUAAGUUGUAUAUAGAGAAUUCAAACAAAUACAGUAUUAACUAGUAGCAUUAAUCAUUAGUAAGAUCCUCUUUCAUGUUUAAAAAAAAAUUAGCCCAAUGGUUUUUCCUAUUAUCUCCAAGACAGCCAUUAAGUCUGACUUUUGCUUUGAAAAGCUGAUGAUGCUCAAGACAUUGGUAAGACAGGCCUAUUACUGUAUUGUUUGCAUUUGAGUUUUUGUGGGUUUUUUUUUUUUUUUUUUUUUGCUCUAAGCUAUUUUCUUUGCCCCAUUGAAUGAAAGACAAGCGCUGACAGCUCUGUGCCGCGAGGAGCAAUUUAGGCUAGUUUUUCUCAGUCAUAGGUGUUGAUGCUGCAUUCCAUUUAUAUUUGUGAGAUGUUGAAUUGUUUUACGAUGUAUCUGGUUUCUGCUCUGCAGUAUGUCUAGUAUUAAUCAAGCAGUAUAAUUUUGUUUUAAGAAAUAGUUUUAAAAUUUUUACUGAUCUCAACCUGUGACUAGAAAAAAUAUAAUUUGUGUACAAGGGAAGUCUUUAAUUACAAUUAAAAUCAUUGAGUGUAGCUAAAAAAAAAAAAUGAAAUCUGCCCAUAACUCAUUUUUAGCAAAAUUGUGACUAAUGUUUAUAUUGUUAACUUUUCCCCUGACAAUUCGUUUCUAGUUUUACAUUUUGUAUAACACUAUUGUAGGAUAUAUAUUUUGAAAGAAAUGUAUAUAUUGAAAAAGCCAUGACAAAAGAUGACGUCUAUGUAAAUAUAUAUGUAUAUUAAAAUGUU